AUGCACAAUAACAACUUCAUUAAAGACUUUGUCAAGUUCAUUGACGCUUCUGAGAACAUAAAAAUAAUUAGUGAAAAUCAAGAAAGAAGGAAAGAACAAUGCCCGACAGGAGAAGCUUUAGGAAAAAUAGUAUUAAACUUGUUGAGAGGACUGCACUUGGAUCCGAAGAAAUGUGAAGGAAUUAUUACUGACAGUUGCAGCGUAAUGAGCUCUGAAACAGUUGGUGCAGUAACAGUAAUACAAAAAAGUCGCAACAAAUAUAGUUAG